AUGUCCGCCCACACCGAGAAUUUACAAUUUUCCCGGGAAGAUGUCGAGUUCGAAAUUCCCCAGGAUCUCCCAGAGAAGCUGGGAGAAGAACUCCGGAGACUCGAACAGUUGUUCACCGUCGAUACGGCCAUGCUGAAGAAGAUCACGGAGAGGUUUGGUGAAGAGCUCGAUGAAGGUGAGUCCGGCGUCUCAUUUCCCGACCGUGGUUGA